AUGCUAGCAUAUGUGGGAUUCUUACUGUUGCAAAUGCUAUUUAGCAUGUUGGUGCCAGCUAUCACGAAUACAUUGUCUUUUAUACAAGAACGUUCUAGAGAAUUGGAUGACAAGGCCCAAGUGCCACGCAUAGCGUACGGAGCUCCAGCUGAUAUUACCGAGCACCCGUACUUCGCCAUUCUAGAAGGGUGUGGGGCCGCCAUCAUUUCUGAAGAAUGGCUAGUCACCGCUGCCCAUUGCGUCCUACCUCACGGAUAUGGCCAUUAUGAACAACAUGUGACAUUUGUCGGAAGUCAUACACUUGAAAACAGUGUUCCAGUAUUUAUCGAAGAGAUCGUCGUCCACCCUCAGUAUACAGAUUUAGGAUUUGCUAUUGUAAACGACAUUGCUCUGAUAAGGCUAGUAAAACCUUUGAAGUUCAGCGACAGGAUACAGCCUUUGGAACUGCCCGACGAAAAAUAUGAACUUGAAGAUGAUUCUAAACAUGUGUUCGUAGGAGUAGGCCUUGAUGAGACUGGAAAGCCAUCAAAACAACUCAUGAAGAUCGACGUAAAUGGGUACUCGACGAGUACUUGCUAUGCAAGGUACUUUGGCUCUAUGUAUUGGAGCGUGGCCCCGUUCAUGUCUUGGUUGGAUGAGACCACGAUCUGCGCCAGGCGUGUUGAGAAUCUAGUAGGAGCUGGCUACGGUGAUUCCGGCAGCCCCAUGGUGAAGGACAACGUGCUAGUUGGUAUAGCUUCCUACAUCAUGCUAGAUAACGAUUGCCACUCCUGCCACAGUCGCACUUUGUACUUGGCCAACGUAGCGCACUAUGUCCCGUGGAUCCUUUCUCAUACUGGUAAACUGUAGAUGAAGA